ACCGAUAUGUGUGCUCUUCUAUCGUCCGUUCCAACUUCCAAGUUUCCAACCCCGUUAACGCGGCUCAGAACUGAAACCACGACCGGCGACCGCCCACCAACAGCCCAGAUCACCGGCCCACGACGACGACCAUGGCGACGAAGGCGUCCGCGGCUGCCGGCGACGAGCCAGCGCUGGGCAUCCCAUACAACCCGAUGGAGGUCCAGGGUAGGUCCUACUAUGCGCCAGACCCUUACGCGGCGGGGAUGCCGCCACCGAACGCGAUCUACGCCGGCGCGCCCAAGGGGACGCCCCUGCAGCAGACCAUGUUCCGCGACACGCCCGCUCCCUUCCACUGCCAGUCCUGCGGGGCCGCCGCGGUCUCUUCCGUCCGGUCGAAGCCAAGUCUUGCAUCAGUUGUGGCUUGCAUGAUGCCAUUCAUGAUGGGCGUCUGCUUCCUGUGCCCUUCCAUGGAUUGCCUCUGGCACAAACACCAUUACUGCCCGAGCUGCGGAGAAAAGGUAGCCGAGUUCAAGAAGUCUGAUCCGUGCAUUGUGGCAGAUCCCACUCGCUGGACUGAGCCAAGCUUUGCUGUACCUGCAUAGUGUACCCACAUAAACCGCUUGCUAAUAUGAUCUCUUCGACAGAAUUUUUCUUGUGCCAUCUGUAGAUAAGUGGCUAUUUUGUUAAUUUGUUUAUCGUAUAUCAUGUACCUAAGCUGUAUUUUUAGUUUGUGUACAUCUCUGUUGGAGAAUGUUUUGUUCUCUUUGGAUUGCCACCGGGCGUGUUGUUUUAUAUAUAUUUGGUGCGAACGAUUGGACAGACAUAAGCUGCUUGCUUUGUUUCUGAAGUGAAAUGGAUAGGUUCUAGUUGGCUAUAAAAGAA